UCAAACGUUUGAUGAAAGAAGCUGCAGAACUAAAGGAUCCUACAGAUCAUUAUCAUGCACAGCCUUUGGAGGAUAAUCUUUUUGAAUGGCACUUUACUGUUAGAGGUCCUCCAGAUUCAGAUUUUGAUGGAGGGGUUUAUCACGGCCGAAUAGUACUACCACCAGAAUAUCCCAUGAAACCUCCCAGCAUUAUUUUGCUGACGGCCAAUGGCAGGUUUGAAGUGGGAAAGAAAAUUUGUUUAAGCAUCUCAGGGCAUCAUCCUGAAACAUGGCAGCCUUCGUGGAGUAUAAGAACAGCUUUACUAGCCAUUAUUGGAUUUAUGCCAACCAAAGGUGAAGGAGCAAUAGGAUCUCUGGAUUAUACACCUGAAGAAAGAAGAGCUCUUGCAAAGAAGUCACAAGACUUCUGUUGUGAAAUGUGUGGCACAUCUAUGAAGACAGCCCUCUUACCACUAACAUCCGGAAGCGUGUCGAGCCAGGCGGACGAGGAGGCUAAAGAACUUGCCAGACAAAUUAGCUUCAAGGCAGAAGUCAAUUCAUCCAGGAAGUCUGAUGCUGGACCCUCAAACACGUCAGGAUUGAACCGAUCUGCCGCUUUGAGCGAGCACCAGCAGGAUGGUGCAGCUAGAACAUUCCAGGAUCCAACAAGUGCAACG